AGGAUCGUAACAACCAUGGAUGAUUACCUUACGGAUGAGCAGACGGUGUUCGACGUUGAAGAUGUGAACAAAAUCAUAAAAGAUACUUUAGAGACGGUGAUUGGAGAAAACUCCUACAAGCACAGCAGGGUGAACCAGUGGAGCACCAAUGUGGUGGAGCAGUGCCUCCUUCGUCUCAGCAAGCUCGGAAAGCCUUACAAGUACAUCGUAAACUGCUUCAUCAUGCAGAAGAAUGGAGCAGGGCAGCAAACAGCCACCAGCUGCUUCUGGGACAACAGUUCUGAUGGAAGCUGUAUGGUGAAAUGGGAAAAGGACUCCAUGUAUGUCCAGGUCAGCGUGUUCGGCCUGGCUAUCUGAAGCUGCAAUAGCAAAUCUGUUGAAUUUCUUCUUGUUUUCCGAAAGCAGAAUACUUGAUCCAUUUUUUUUUUUUUUAACUUUGUA